AUGUCUCCAGGGAAGCGACCAUUGAUAAUGCAGUUGCUAGGAUACGUCUGCACCUUUUCUCGUUAUUUUCCGAGUUUUCUCUCGUCAAAACGUUCUUCAUUGUUCGGUGUGGCCAUACAGUUGACAUGUCACUUCCUUUUCUCAAUUCUGUUGGAUUCUCUUUUUUUACGCUUUCUUUUUCUCUCCGUUAAAUCGACAUUUUCCUUGCGCAAUCUAACGGCUUGGCAUUAUUCUUUUUUGAAAUCUUUAUUUUUCCCGCUUUCUUUUUUCCACUCCUCUCGAUGUUAUCUAUCUAUCUAUCUAUCUAUGUAUCCGUUCAUAUCUCAUUUUAUUCUUAUCUAUCUAUCUAUCUAUCUCAGUGAAUCAUCUAUCUAUCUAUCUAUCCGUUCAUAUCUCAUUUUAUUCUUAUCUAUCUAUCUAUCUAUCUAUCUCAGUGAAUCAUCUAGCUAUCCUCUAUCUAUCUAUCUAUCCGUUAAUAUUUUAUUCUUAUCUAUCUAUCUCUCUAUCUCAGUCUAUUCAUUAUCUAUCUAUCUAUAUAUCCAUCUAUCCGUUCAUAUCUCAUUUUAUUCUUAUCUAUCUAUCUAUCCGUUAAUAUUUUAUUCUUAUCUAUCUAUCUAUCUCAGUCUAUUCAUUAUCUAUCUAUCUAUCCGUUCAUAUCUCAUUCUAUUCAUAUCUAUCUAUCUAUCCGUUCAUAUCUCAUUCUAUUCAUAUCUAUCUAUCUAUCUAUCCGUUCAUAUCUCAUUCUAUUCACAUCUAUCUAUCUAUCUAUCUAUCUAUUUUUCCCUGUCUGUCUGUUCGUGUCUGUUCUGUUUGUCCUUUCUUCUUUAUAAUCAUUCUUUCUUUUAUUUCUCUUUGUUUGCUUGUUUCUUUCUUUCAUUUUUUCUUUUUUUUCUUUCUUUCUUUGAAUCCUCUCUGCUUUACAUUAUUUUUCUACAUCCUCUGUUCAUAUCUAUCUAUCUAUCUAUCUCAGUCUGUUCAUAUCUAUCUAUCUAUCUAUCUCAGUCUGUUCAUAUCUAUCUAUCUAUCUAUCUAUCUAUCUAUCUAUCUACCAUAACCAAUGGCUCUUCUCAUUUUAUUCUUAUCUAUCUAUCUAUCUAUCUAUCUAUCUCAGUGAAUCAUCUAUCUAUCUAUCUAUCUAUCCGUUCAUAUCUCAUUUUAUUCUUAUCUAUCUAUCUCAGUGAAUCUAUCUAUCUAUCUAUCUGUUGA